AUGUCGACCUCGACUGAUAUCCCCAAGGAGCUUCCUGGCGAUGAGCCCGAUGAUGUUUUGUUCAACUCUCUCUACGGUGUGCGGUCAAUUGAGCUCAACAGACCCAAGAAGCUCAAUUCUCUGAACGGUUCGAUGGCACGGAAGAUUCUCCCCAGAUUGAAGGAAUGGGAGAAGUCCCAGCUUGCAAAUGUGAUCAUGGUUUCCGGUGCUGGCUCGAAGGCUCUGUGUGCUGGAGGAGACGUGGCUGCUCUGGCUUUGCAAAACGAAAAGGGCCCAGAGGGACAACAGCAGUCGACAGAUUUCUUCGGACUCGAAUACCGCCUCGACCACUUUAUCGCUACCUACUCGAAGCCUUAUAUCUCCGUGAUGGACGGAAUCACCAUGGGUGGAGGUGUCGGUCUCAGCGUCCACGCCCCGUUCCGUAUCGCGACUGAGCGUACUGUCUUCGCCAUGCCCGAAACCACAAUUGGAUUUUUCCCGGAUGUUGGUGGCUCGUUCUUCCUGCCCCGUCUUGACGGUCAGAUCGGAACCUACCUGGCCCUCACCUCGGAGCGUCUGAAUGGUGUGCAGGCACUCUACAGUGGUAUCGCAACACACUACCUCGACUCCAGUGUUUUGGGCAACCUGACGGCACGCCUUUCAGAGCUGGUCUUCCAAGACAACGCCUCUCUUAAACAACGCCUGGACCUGGUCAACAGAACCCUGGCUGAAUUCUCCAGCGGUCUCCCAUCCGUGGAGCAGGAGCCUAUCCUGCUGGGCGGAAGCCUGCGCAACGCAAUUGACCGUUGCUUCAAAUACAACACUGUCGAGGAAAUUCUCCAGGCUCUCGAGAAAGAGACGGAGCAGAAGGAGUGGGCUCAAAAGACAUUGGAGACUCUGACCAGCCGGUCACCCACAUCCCUCAAGGUCGCCCUGCGUCAAAUGCGCCUGGGUCCCAAGUGGUCGAUUUCCGAGACCUUCCAGCGAGAACAUCAGAUCUCGUCCAAGUUCAUGAAGCACCCAGACUUCGUUGAGGGCGUCAAGGCACGUCUCAUGUCGAAGCCUCCCCGCCAAGCCUCGUGGCAGCCCGCUACCCUCAAGGAGGUCACUCCUGAGAUUGUCGAUUCCUUCUUUGAGAUCCCCAAGGGUGAAUCGAGGUUGCCGCUCUUGAACGAGGAGAACUUCUCGAAAUACCCCCAUGCUCAUUACGCCCUCCCCACUGAGCGGGAUAUUGAGAACUUUGUCCGAAACACCACGGACACCCGAGAGGUGACAGUCAAGGACUUUGUUGAAAAAUGGGGCCAGAAGGAAGGAGUCAAGGAAAAGGUUGCAGAAGUCCUCGCUCGACGAACAGUCAACACUCCCGAGGGACUGCGAUGGGUUGAGUGA